AUGAAGAUAGACCUAAAGGAUCUUGAAUUUGGAGAAUGUUGUGCGAUGAAGAUUCUAAAAAUCAAAAGUGAUGGAGAUAAAGGUGUGAAUCAGAGAGUGGACGAUUUGAUGAAAGUUGAAGAAGAUUCAAUGCAGUUCAUAGAUGAGAUAGUGCAGGAAUUGGAGGUGAAGAUUGGGGGAAGAACGAGGAAGAGUGAAAGUGAAGAAAAUGGUGAUGAUGAAGAUGGAAACCCCCCUGAUAAAUCUUUGAAUAGAGAAUGUGAAUUUGGGCUGCAUACACAAGCCGACUUUGAAUACGGAUUUAAAGGUGAAUGUAGAUUGAAAUGUGGACCUGAUACAUGUGAGCUUCGGUUUCCGAAUUGGUUUCGGAUGGCUACUAGUCGUAUGCAGCAGGUAAGCUUGAUGUUAAGGGUGAGAACCAAGUUGCAAAGUUAUUUUGAUCAUGGAGGACUUAAGGAGAAUUGA